AUGAGAAAACAAGUGUACCCUUCAGUCCCUUCUUGGUUACGUAUAAGACGUUCUAAUGAAACUGAACAAAUAAUUGCUGCAUUUUUUACAGUGAUUUCUGGUAUUUACACUUGGGGUGAAAAAUCUCUACACAAUUCACUGACUACAUCUUUUAUCGAUGCUAUCAACACUUUGACAACUAGCAAAGAAGUUAUGAAAAUCAUUUCAAAACUAUUGGAAGAAAUUCAACCUAUUGGAGUUUACAUUUUUGCUAUUGGACUCAUUGUGUUUAUUGUUUGUUUACUCGGUUUAAUUGGAGCAUGCUGUAAAUCUAGAUGGAUGGUCUGCAUUUAUCUAACAUUGCAUAUUAUAAUUCUUGUUCCUGAGACAAUCAUCAUCGCAGUAUAUUACUGUAAACCGGAUAUAGUGACAACAUUUGGUCGAGAUAUAUUUAAUACGAGUAUUCAUAAUUAUGUUGGGUAUAAUUCACCUGAUAUACACAGUGCUGCCUUGAAUCAGAUUAUGAUACAGUUACAAUGUUGUGGUCUUAUGAAUGGAAGUGAUUUUGAUACUGUUAAAUCAUUUAAACGAAAUAUUAUUUAUAAAGGUGAACCAAAUAAUUUCAAUCAAGACAUAAUUCAUAACGAUUGUCCUGAACAUUUCACUUUGAAAAACAGUAAUAUACACACUGGAUGCUGGCGAAAAAUAGAAACUUAUCUUAAAGUAUAUGCUGAUAUAAUUGCUCAUAUAUUAUGUGUAGUGUUAGGAUUUCAGGUGUUGUUAGUUUUAUUUACCUUAAUUGUUGCACGCACAAAUCGAAGAAUAAAGCCAAUUUAA